AGUCCCCACUUGGCUUUUCCUCUGCAAGAAAACAAAGGCAAGCCAUUAAUGCAGCACUUGAAUGCCUUAUCACUCUGUCUCUAUCUCCUGUUCGGCACCUUCAACUACCAUCCUCUAUUGUCUACUCCAGUAACCCAUCUAUUUAAUUUCGUUCACAUUUGUAGAGAAAGUGCCUGGAAAGUGGAAAUAUCAGAGAUAAGAUAAGAUUUUUUUGAUUUUUUUCUACUAGAAGUUAGUAAAGCUUCUAUCUUGGCUUUCCUAGUAAGGGCUUUUUUCUUCUUAUUCUUCAGCAUUUGCUUGGGUUUCAGCUUUUAAUAUUGCUUCUUCAGCAAAAGCCUGUGAUUAAGCAGGAUUUGAAGUCAUUCCCUGGUGCUUCUUGGGGUUGUACAAUCUCAAUCUUUCAGGUACUAGCAUUGCCUGUUGUGGAUUUUUUAGACUUGAAAAGUCUUGGAAAAAUACGGGUAUGCUUCAGUUUCUUCCAAUUUAACUGUCCUGCUUUACUUCAGAGGCUGUUUCACCCUUUGUGAAAUCUGCCGUUGUGUGCUUCAUAAAUUUUUUUCAUGGGAAAUUUUUGCUUGUUUGCUCUAGCACUGUUUUCGUGGUCCUUCUGUAUCCCAAUUACUUAUGGAUUGCAAACCUAUCAAAGUGAACUUCUGCUGCAAUUAAGAAAACACUUAGAGUACCCUCCACAAUUGGAAAUAUUGGAUAAUUACAAUGGAGAACUAUGUAGCUCAUCUUCAAGUGCAAAUUUUAGUAUCUCAUGCCAGGAAAAUUCUGUCGCUGAGCUCAAGGUUAUGGGAGAUAAGCUUGCCAAUGUUAGUGAAUUCAGUGGACAUGCAAUUCCAGGUGUAACUCUGUCUGAGAGUUUCUCCAUUGAUUCUUUCAUUACCACGUUGACAAGGUUAACUAGCUUGAGGGUUCUCAGCCUAGUGUCUUUAGGAAUUUGGGGGCCACUCCCUGAUAAGAUUCACAGGCUUUAUUCACUAGAGCUGUUGGACUUGAGCUCAAAUUUCAUGUUUGGUUCUAUCCCUCCUCAGAUAUCAAGAAUGGUUAAGCUUCAGACACUUAUAAUAGAUAGGAAUCAUUUCAAUGAUACUAUUCCCCGUUCUUUAGGUUCGUUACCAAAUCUUACUGUUCUGAGUUUGAGGGUCAAUCAGUUGAAGGGUCAGUUUCCUGCUUCUAUAAGCAGAAUAUCAAGCCUAACUGAUAUUGCAUUGUGUCACAAUGAGCUUUCUGGUAAACUGCCUGAUUUGAGUACUCUAACUAGUCUCCGUGUUCUGGAUUUAAGAGAGAAUCAAUUAGAUUCUGCACUGCCCUUAAUGCCUCGAGGGUUGGUUACAGCUCUCCUUGCUAAGAAUUCAUUCUCUGGUAACAUUCCUGAGCAAUUUGGCAAUUUGGGUCACCUCCAGCACCUUGAUUUAUCAUAUAACCAUCUCAGUGGAGCACCACCCUCUACCUUGUUUGCUUUGCCAAACAUCAGUUAUCUGAAUUUAGCAUCCAAUAGGCUAAGUGGUUCACUUCUAAAACAUUUAUCUUGUGGUAGCAAACUUGGAUUUGUUGAUAUCUCUAACAACAAGUUGAAAGGUGAGCUUCCUUCUUGUCUGGAUGAUAUUUCUGAUAAGAGAGUAGUUAAUUUUGGCUGGAAUUGCUUAUCUGUCAAUGCCCAACAGCAACAUAAAGGGCCAUAUUGUAAAGAUGUUAAUAGAAGGAAAAAACACAGUGGGAAAACAGUACUAAUUAUUGUUGUUGUGGGGGCUGUCCUCCUUCUGGGGCUUUUGGGAUUUGGGGUUCUUGUUCUGUCUGGAAGAGGCUGUUCAAAAAGGACAUUUGAAACGCAUAUACGUCAAAAGGUUGUGCAAGACACUUCCAAAACAGGUGUUUCUUCUGAAGUCCUUGCAAGUGCUAGAUUCAUUUCUGAAGUUGUGAUGCUAGGGACACAGGGCAGUCCAGCAUAUCGAAUGUUUUCAUUUGAAGAGUUGAAGGAUGCCACAAACAACUUUGAUUCAUCAAUGCUUGUGGGUGAAGGCUCUAUCGGGAAGCUUUACAAAGGAAGAUUGGAGAAUGGGACCUAUAUUGCCAUACGAUCUUUGACUUUAUUGAAGAAACAUUCAAUUCAGAAUCUCAAAGUUAAGCUUGAUUUUCUUUCAAAGCUUCAACAUCCACAUUUGGUGAGCCUCUUGGGUCACUGCAUUGAGGGUAGUGGACGAGAUGAUUUCAGUGCAGACAAAGUCAUCCUUGUGUAUGAAUAUGUGUCUAAUGGGGAUUAUCGUACACAUCUAUCAGAAAAUUGUCCAGAGAAAGUUCUUAAUUGGGCUGAUAGAUUGGCAGUUCUGAUUGGUGUUGCCAAGGCUGUACAUUUUCUACAUACUGGGGUGAUUCCUGGUGCUUUCAAUAACCACUUGAAGACAAAUAGUAUAUUGUUAGAUGAGCACCGGAUUGCAAAACUGAGUGACUAUGGGACGUCCAUCAUCACAGAAGAAAAUGAAAAAAUAGAGGCAAAGGGUGAAGGCUCACAGUUGAGGUAUCAACUUUACUGUCAGAUUUUAUAGAUGUUUAUGAACAAAAAACCAAUUAUCAGCAUGAGCUUCCAGUUACCACCUUUGCCAUUACUGCCAUAAUGGAACACAGAAGAAUUUCUCUGCCUAAACCUGAUGAAGUGUUGAAAAUUUUUGUUUAU